AUGCAGAAGUCACAACGCAGGCAAUGCUGGACGCUGCUGCUGCUCGGCGCGCUGAUCGUCUCGUUCGGGCUCAUGUUCAGCUAUUGGUAUCUGGUGCCGAGCCAGCUGCACUUCUGGCAGCUGUUUAUGCACAAUGGCAGCACAUCCGGCGAUCCGGCAGCCGCGGAGCUGAAGUUUUUUAUGCCGCCACAGACGGUGCCCAAGGAGCUGAACCUGAAGCGUGGCGCGCCUUAUAUAUAUCAGAUAUUGCAUUAGCGUUUACGUACGCAUUAUAUAUAUAUGUAUAUAUAUACUUAAACUGUUUUACAAUAAAUUAAAAGUAUGUUUAGAGUAA